GGGCGAAAGGGAGGUGGACUACGUAGUGUGUCUAAAUUGAAGCCUAGUUUGUAUGUGGUCUCUCCAUUCGAACGGGCAAAUCCCAGAGCUAAGAAAGGACAACCUUUGUACCGUGCUCCUCCCUUUGUUGUUCAGACACCAUUGACUCUGGAGGCAGUAAAGAUGAUUCAAUUUGCUUUUAGUAGUAAGCUUCCCGAAAGUGACAUAUUGGUUAGUCUUGGUGGCGGGGUUCUUUCCUUGUUACGUGAAGAUUUG